AUGGUGAAAAUAGCAAUAAUAACUUAUUCACUCUAUGGCCAUAUAGACAUUUUGGCAAAGGCUGUCCAAGAAGGGAUAACAGAAGCAGGUGGAACUGCAGAUAUUUAUCGAGUCGAAGAAACAUUACCACCAAAAGCAUUAAAGAAACUACUUGCUCCACCAAAGCCGAAGGACAUUCCUGUAGCUGGAAAAGAUAUAUUAAAGAAAUAUGAUGCAUUUCUUUUUGGAAUUCCGACCAGAUAUGGUAAUGUACCUGCACAAUGGGCUAAUUUUUGGGAUCAAACCGGAGGUAUUUGGGUAAAAGGUAAUCUUGAAGGUAAAGCUGCAGGUUUUUUCACAAGUACUGCAUCUUUUGGUGGUGGUCAAGACAGUACAAUUAAAAAUUCUCUUGAUUAUCUUUCACAUCAUGGAAUGAUUAUAAUACCACUUGGAUAUAAAUCCUGUUUUGCCGAAUUAUCCUGCAUUGACGAAAUACAUGGGGCUGGGCCAUGGGGAGCUGGAACACUUGCAGGACCUGAUGGCACAAGAACUGCUUCUGAUUUAGAAUUGCGGAUAGCGUCUAUUCAAGGUCACAAAUUUUUCAAUAUUGUGAAAAGACUAUAUGAUAAUGCCUUAAAAGAAAAUAACUCAUACGAUAACAUGUUAAAUAAUGAACCCAUGCUAUCUGCAAAAAAGAAACCUCCUAAUGUUCCCGAACAAAAAAUAACACAAAACCAAAAAUCAUCUAACAAAAAUGAAUGCUGUGUAAUAAUAUGA